AUGAACAUGAUCACCUCAUCCAGCUUAGUCUUCAGCUUGCUAUUCUGCCUCAUGGUUUCAAUGCUUCUUCUUCCCUUGCCCUCCCAUGGUGCAGACCCUGAUCCGUUACAAGACUUCUGUGUGGCAGAUUUGAAUGCUUCCACAUCAGUUAAUGGCUUUCCCUGCAAACCCGUCUCAAAAACUACUUCUGAUGACUUCUUCUUUGAUGGACUGAGCAAAGAAGGGAACACGAGCAAUCCCUUUGGAGCGAACUUAACGGCUGGGAAUGUCCUUGCAUUUCCUGGCCUCAACACUCUUGGGAUAUCAAUGAACAGAGUUGACUUUGCACCGGGCGGGAUUAAUCCGCCCCACUCGCACCCUCGUGCGAGCGAGUCCGGUGUAGUCAUUGAAGGGAAGCUCCUUGUAGGGUUUGUGACAACCAACAAUGUGUUUUACUCCAAGGUUUUGAGUGCUGGGCAGAUGUUUGUGAUUCCAAGGGGACUUGUUCACUUUCAGCUGAAUGUUGGAGAAGGGAAGGCUCUGGCCUUCACAGCUUUCAACAGUCAAUUGCCUGGGGCCGUUGUGCUUCCUUUAACUCUGUUUGCUUCGACGCCUUCGAUUCCCGACCAAGUUUUAACCAAGGCACUUCAAGUAGAUAAAGAUGUCAUCAACACCAUCAGAUCCAAGUUUGGCUUUUAA